UUUGUACAGACGGGUGGAGCGGUACCUGCACCCUAACAAAUAACAGUACAUUAUAAUUUUCAACUUACAAGUGGGCAUCCGGCUAAACUGGAACAGAAACACUUUUCAGCAUGGGAAGAAAGAAAGAUCGGAGUGAACUUGGCAAACGUGGACCGGGUAGAAAAUCGAAGAAACAAGGAGCGCCAGAAAUGCCGAAAUUUCUUCAAAGCCAAGAUGAAACUGAGAAACGAUUGGGGCGUCGAUCUCGACAAAGGAUUAUCAAGAGGGUCGGCAAGGCUCAACUCCAGCAACAGCACCAGCAGGUGAACAAGCAGAAGCAAGUGCAGAACAGAAAGCCGCAGCAGCAACAACUGAAACUGCAGCAAUCAAAAGGGGAGAAAAAAGCCUCGAGCACCCCCAAGAAACCUGUGACGGAGAUGGACAGUGACGGGGAAGGAAGCGACGGGGGAUGGAGCGAUGAUGGGGAGUGGCUCGAUGAUGAGGCAGAGGAAGUAGAAGAUGACGAAGAGAGCGAUCAAGAAGAGGAGGGAUCAGACGAAGAUAUAGAGUAUGAUUUCGGUGAUGACGAUGAGGAAAACGAAGAAGAUGUGGAUGAAGAAGACAUUGAAGAAGCAGAGAGCGGCGAAGAUGAAUUCGCAGACAGCGAUGACAUGGAAGAGAUGGCCAGCAAAGGCUUCACCGAUGACAACAAAGAGUGGUUGACACCUGCCCCCGUCAAGAAAGCCCCGGCCGAAAAGAAGAAAACAGUACCUCUGAAUCUUCUUGAGGAUGACGAAGAUGAGGCUGUGGAGGAGAACGAGGAAGAUGAGGAGGACUCAGAUGACGACAUGCCUGCUGAUGACUUUGGACCCAUGGGAUCUGACUCGGAUGAAGACUCAGAAGAUGACGAUGAUGCAGAUGACAGCGAUGAGGCAGAGGAUGAUCAAGAUGAUGAGGACCUUCUCCCCAUUGAGAAGGCCUCCAAGAAGCUGGACAAAAAGAUCAAGAGACAGAAGAAAUUGGCUGAGGCUGAACUAAGAGCCAACACAGCUCUGUAUGACAUGUUCCACCUGCCUACGCCAGAGGAAUUGGAAGUAGAAAGGAAUCGACCUCUUGAUAUGAGUCAGGUGCACCAGAGGAUCAAGGAGGUGAUGGAAGUGUUGGGAGACUUCAGGACAAGAAGGGAACCAGACCGAUCCCGUGCCGAAUAUAUCUCCAUUCUGCGCCAGGACCUGAUGACGUACUAUAGCUACAAUGAAUACCUCCUGGACAAGAUAAUGGACAUUUUCCCCAUGACUGAGCUGAUUGAGUUUCUGGAAGCGAAUGAGGUCCAACGUCCAGUCACAAUACGAACCAACACGCUGAAGACGAGACGUAGGGAUCUUGCUCAGGCACUCAUCAACAGGGGCGUGAACCUUGAUCCCUUGGCCAAAUGGUCAAAGGUCGGUCUGGUGAUUUUCGAUUCCUCUGUUCCAAUCGGUGCGACCCCUGAGUAUCUGGCCGGUCACUAUGUGCUGCAGGGAGCAUCCAGCUUCCUACCCGUCAUGGCACUCGCUCCUCAGGAGAAGGAGAAAAUCCUGGAUAUGUGCUCUGCACCCGGUGGCAAAACAACUUACAUUGCUGCGUUAAUGAAGAACACAGGUCUGCUGUUUGCCAAUGAUGCUAACAAAGACAGAGUCAGAGCAGUAGUAGGCAACAUCCAUCGCUGUGGCAUCACCAACACGGUGGUGUCCAACGAAGAUGGCCGGUCGUUCCCCAAGAUCACCGGAGGCUUUGAUCGUGCCUUGGUGGAUGCUCCUUGUAGCGGAACGGGCGUCAUCUCUAAGGAUGAAUCCGUCAAAUCCAGCAAGGAUCACCUGGACAUCCAGAAGUGUGCUCAUCUCCAGAAGCAGCUGAUUCUAGCAGCCAUCGACUCUGUGGAUGCCAAGUCAUCCAGCGGGGGCUAUAUUGUCUACUCAACAUGCUCCAUCAUGGUCGAGGAGAAUGAGUGCGUGAUAGACUACGCUUUGAAGAAACGCUGCAUCAAGGUGGUUCCAACAGGUUUGGACUUUGGCAAAGAAGGCUUUACAAAGAUAAAGGAGAGGCAUUUCCAUCCAUCUGUGAAGCUGACCCGCCGAUUCUACCCACACACCCACAAUAUGGAUGGUUUCUUUGUGGCCAAACUCAAGAAAUACUCCAACAAGAUACCAGGCGCAGAGGAUGCAGAGAAGGUAGACAUGGAUGAGGAAACUGGGAAAGCAACGGCCAGUGAAGAAAAGGAGGAGGCUGUUCAAAGUCCAGAGGAAGCUGAGGCAGCAGACCCCGAGCCUGUAGCUAUAGUACAGCACACAGCUGCCCAUAAAAGGAGCAGGUAUUUUGCCCGCCGGAAACGGAAGGGCGUGGAGAGUGGGGGAGCUGGAAACAAGGAAAAUGUUGGCGGAAAAAGGAAGGAAACGUCAAAAGGAGGAAAAGGGACUCCCGGGCCAAAGUCAGACUCCAAACCCCCCGACACAUCCCUGCCAAGGAAAGGUAGCAAAGGGAAAAAGAGGACUCAUUCCCCCAAGGGGCCCAUUCUGAAAUCCCCUGGUGGUGGGGACAAAGUGACUGGAAAACUGAAGAAACAAGGCGGCGAUGGUGCGGGGUCUUCUGCUGGUGGCAAGAAGAGAAGAAAAGAUGCUAACUGAGAAACUUGAGACUGAAAGAGUCUCUCUCUAAUGGGCAAGUCAGUGGGUUGAGGGAUAGAUGAGGAGUGUAACAAGGUGAGACAAUGUCUGUCACAGGAUGAACAGGGAGAUUUUUAAGUUUCCUCAUCACGGAAAGCCUCAGUUUUGUAACACAAACUUGAAGAAACAGCCAUCCUUUCUUUUACUCUCCACACUUCUGAAGGAACCAUAGAAGGAUCAAAUGAGGCAAGAACUUCACUUUGGAUUAAAUGCUUCAGUCCCUGAGUAGCCUCCAUAGGUCACCAUCCCCUGCAAAUGGGUAUGCUUCAGUCCCUGAGUAGCCUCCAUAGGUCACCAUCCCCUGCAAAUGGGUAUGCUUCAGUCCCUCAGUAGCCUCCAUAGGUCACCAUCCCCUGCAAAUGGGUAUGCUUCAGUCCCUGAGUAGCCUCCAUAGGUCACCAUCCCCUGCAAAUGGGUAUGCUUCAGUCCCUCAGUAGCCUCCAUAGGUCACCAUCCCCUGCAAAUGGGUAUGCUUCAGUCCUUCGGUAGCCUCCAUUGGUCACCAUCCCCUGCAAAUGGGUAUGCUUCAGUCCCUGAGUAGCCUCCAUUGUUCACCAUCCCCUGCAAAUGGGUAUGCUUCAGUCCCUCAGUAGCCUCGGUAGAUCACCCUGCCCUACAAAUGGGUAGGUUUCAGUCCCUCAGUAGCCUCCGUAGAUCACCCUGCCCGAUAAAUGGGUAUGCUUCAGUCCCUCAGUAGCCUCCGUAGAUCACCCUGCCCGAUAAAUGGGUAUGCUUCAGUCCCUGAGUAGCCUCCGUAGAUCACUGUGCCCUGCAAAUGGGUAUGGUUCACUACUUGAUUCAGGCCUGAGUCUGGAAAUUAUUCUGUUUGCGAUUCCAUGUCAAAAAUACUGUUGUUGUCUAGAGAAAUCCAACAACCUAAUAGAGAAAAAUACUCUGUAGUUUUUACUUUGAACACUUUCCAAAGUAUGGCAUGUACUUUUUAUGUCAUUUUUGUUUUUUUACUUUAUAAAGGUUAACUGUUAAUCUUAGAAUCUCUUUCCAGAAAUUAAAAUAAUUUGUGCACAAAAGUUUCUUUUCAUUGCUAAUUUUAAACGAGGUGUUCCACGUUUGAGAUUUUGUACAUUACUAUCAAGGUCAAUCAGUUUUGAAAAAAUAUAUUCUGUGAAUAUAAAAUAGAUCUGAAUUUUCAAAAUACCUCUGCCUAUUUAGUUUUUAAACAGUAUUUUGAUAGUCUGUUGUAAAGUCUUUUGUUUUCAUCAUUCGAAAUAAUUUUCAAGAUACAGAUAAAAACUCAAGUAGUGUAAUUAAUCAAAAUUAAAAUGGUUAUUCUUUGGUUUAAUUAAUUAGUACAAUGUGAUUUGUAAGCAUUUUGCAGCAUGUUCUAGUUCUACAUGUAUUUCUGAAAAACUGUAGAUUGGUGUUUUGAUACCACCCUUUUAGGCGCCUUAAUGAGUCAUGGGUUGGGUGACAUAAUACAGACUAGUGCACGAUUGGUUUAUUUGUGUGAUUUGAAAGCUUUGAAAGUGAAAGAUAAGGUCAAGUAUGGCCCGUAAUUGGGACCGUCCAGAGGCCUUCUGCCAACAGGACCCCCCAAAAAAUAUAACUUCGAAAGGUCUUUUUUGAAAGUUGCUUGAGGAAAAUUUCUGAAGUUUUGAUCGAUCAUUGAAUGAAAAUUGAAAAUCAAAGGGAAGACCAAAACAGUGCCUCCAAUUUUAAACUUGUUGGGACGCUCAAAUUUGGCAUGCCUUUACCA